AUGGCGAUGUCUUCGAUCGACUACCGCGAGAAAAUCCCGAACAACGUCAACCUCACCGAGGACCGCGGGCUCCGGCGUGCGCUUGAACGCUGGCACCCCAACUAUCUCGACUGGUGGGCCGACACGGGCCCCGAGGGCUCGCAGGACUUCGACGUGUACCUGCGCACCGCGGUGAGCGUCGAUCCCAAGGGGUGGGCCCAGUUCGACCAUGUGAAGAUGCCCGACUACCGCUGGGGCAUCUUCCUCAAUAUCCCGGGCGACCCCGAUCGUCGGAUCCACUUCGGUGACCACAAGGGCGAGAAGGCCUGGCAUGAGUACUUUGGCCGCGACGGGCGCGACGAGGGAGAGGCCCUGCUCGAACGCCGCGCCGGCGACGACGACAAUCCGCGCAUCCUGAGCGCGUUCAACGAGAAGACGCCCGACUGGCUGUCGCUCUUCAUGUUCACCUACUUCACCGAUCGCGACGGCAAGUUUCAGCUCUGCGCGCUGGCCGAGAGCGGCUUCGAUCCGCUGGCCCGCACCACGAAGUUCAUGCUCACCGAGGAGGCGCACCACAUGUUCGUCGGAGAAACCGGCGUCUCGCGCGUGGUUCAGCGUACCUGCCAGGUGAUGAACGAACUGAAGACCGACGAUCCGGAGAAGCUUCGUGCGGCCGGCGUCAUCGACCUCGAGACCGUUCAGCGUUACAUCAAUUUCCACUACAGCGUGACCAUCGAUCUGUUCGGCGCCGAAGAGUCGAGCAACGCGGCCACGUUCUACAGCUCCGGGCUCAAGGGACGCUUCGGCGAGGGCAAGCGAGACGACGACCACGUGCUGAAGGACGGCACCUACAAGGUGCUGCACCUCGUGAACGGCGCGCUCCGCGAGGUCGAGGUCCCGAUGCUCAACGCCCUCAACGAGGUGCUUCGCGACGACUACAUCACCGACUCGCAGGGCGGGAUCAGCCGCUGGAACAAGGUGAUCGCGAAGGCGGGGAUUGCGUUCCGGCUGCAGCUCCCUCACAAGGCGUUUCACCGGCGCAUCGGGUCCCUCGCGGGCGUCAAGGCCUCGCCCGAGGGUCGCGUGAGUCGCGAUGAGGAGUGGCAUGCCCGAGUCGGCGAGUGGCUGCCCACGGACGAGGACCGCGGGUUCGUCGCGAGCCUGAUGGGCCGCGUCGUCGAGCCCGGCAAGUUCGCCAACUGGAUCGCGCCGCCGGUGAUUGGCGUCAACCGCCAGCCGGUGAAUUUCGAGUACGUGCGUCUUGGCUGA